UAUUAUAAAGAUAAACAUUGGAUGGGGCAGAGUUGUGGACACACACAAACACAUGGGUCUUCCUUCAACUCCACACCCCAAAUCCAACACCAACACCUAACCCACACACCUCCCAUCUCCAUUUUCACCUUCUGCAAUUCUAAUAACCACCAAAGAUCUUCCUUUUUUCAUUUUUCGGGAAUACCCUUUAACUUAUUUUUCUUUUUUCUUCCUUUUUUCUUUCUUGGGUCAUUAUUAACAUCAUUUGAUCCAGAGGUUGAAUUGCAGAAGGUUAUUGAUAUGAUUUAUCUGUUGGACUCUUCUGUUUCCAGCCUUCAUUGGCAUAGGCACUGAUUUUGUUACAUACCAUGAAUUGUUUGGGCUUCAUCUGUUGCCAGUACGGAGGUCGAGAGAUUUGUUCGUGUUGCAGUUCUUGGAUGUACAUUAUCAUGUCCUGGACUUUUACUGUAUGCCCUGCAAAGGAAAUGAUGAUUGCAAUGUCUCAAAUGUGGAUGCCACUGAUGGAUACAUGACAUAGUUGGAACUUGGAAAUUCUUAUAGUUAUAGGUUUAGAACUACUUGAUGAUAGCAUUCCAAUUAUAAUUGUAGUUGCUAAUAGUUAGCUUGAAUGGUUGAAUAGUGUAAUUGGUAAGGGUGGAGGCUAGGAUUGCAGUUGUUUGUUGAAAACUGUACGUCUUACCAUGAUCAUCUGGUAAGGGAAAAUAGUGAAAUGAACGUGCAAGACCUCGCCUAGGGAUCACAUUAGUAUUCUCAAGCUAGUUUGUUUUUCAUCACCUUAGGUAGAUCACAUUGCUAAAUUGAAUACUAGUGAUGGGCUUGCCACAGAUACCCCCGAGUGAAACUGCUGAAAAGGUCGCACUUGUGGGUGCAGCUUUAAAUACCACGGCACAGUUUUCAGAUGCAAGCCCCUCUGCUAUUAGCAGCAUGAACAAUGUAAGCACUGGUGGGUUGUCUGUGUGUACUCUGGGAUCUUCAUUUGAUGACUUCCCAAAGAAUGCCUCCCUAGAAAUUUCAAAUGUUUCUGAUAAUACGUUUUAUAGAGGUGCGAUGGAAGUCGCUUCCAAUGUCCAUAGUUUGAAGAUUGGUUCAACAGAUAGAAGUACUCCUUUUGCUUCAAAAAGUGGACGAAAUGUUCAUAUUCCUGCUUCAAGGGUUGUUGGUUUUGAAUCAGGCCGAACUAAUACUUCAACAGAUGGUUUGCCUGAUGUUCCAGCUACAAGUUUUCAUUCUUCUGCUUUUACUAAUUUCACAGCCAAUGACACCGAAUCUGCCAGUUCAUUAGUAAGGAAGCGACUUUUAUCUCCACUGAGCAGUAUGCUCUCCCCAAGUCAUUUCAGAGGUGAUCCUCUUGACAUUGGCUGCAGAAAUAACGAGACUGGAUCUCUUGUGAAGAACGAUAACGAUAGAAAUUCCAUUGCACAGGAUAAUAAGAAGGCAAACAUUGGAAGUAAAAGCAGUUAUAGGUCCUUGGCAAGUUGCUUUGAGCAAAGAAAUGCACCAGACAGUACACAAUCCUUCUUUCAAACUGAUGGUCCUCUGAGGGAAAAUAGAGGACUACUGUCUCGGGGUAGUUCACCCACUGGUGGAAUUGAUCACUUUAGUGAAUUGAGUCCGGUUAGGCCUCAAAGUGGCGUAAUAUCUGUAUCUCCUAAAAACAUGAGCUCUCCUCUUUCCUUGUCACCUCUUGGUCCUAGAUUUUCUGAAAGAAUAAAAGCUACUGGAGGAUGUAGGAAUGAUGUUGAAGAGAUAAAGAAUUGCAAUGUAACUUCAAGGAGUAUAGAACAAUCACUUGACAAUUCCAACUCAUGCCUUAUGUUAAAUCAUAAGGAUGAUGAUUCCGGAGUUUCGUGUAAAUCUUUUGAUGAUGUUGAAUUCUUAUGCAAAGAUUUCUGUCCAUCUUCUCUGGAUGAUAUUUCCGACAUGAGUUGGCCACUGUCUCAAGAUUCAGCUCCUACCUCUCAUUCCAUGAGAUUCACAAGAAGUUUGAGUGGGCUUUCGGUUAGGAGGUCUUUGGUUGGUUCUUUUGAGGAGUCUCUUUUAUCUGGCCGGUUCUUAUCAGGAAACAAUAGCAAGAAAAUCGAUGGCUUUCUUGCUGUGCUAAGCAUUACUGGGGGAAACUUUUCUCCUAAAUCACAGAAGCUUCCAUUUUCUGUUACUAGUGUGGAUGGUGAUUGUUAUCUAUUGUAUUAUGCAUCAAUAGAUCUUGCGGGAAAUUCCUCUUCAAACAAGUUUAGAGGCCAAUUGCUGAAGCGAGGGCCUAGAAAUGAUGAUUCGCAAAUUGUUAAAAGCCGUUUACGUAUACCAAUGAAGGGACGGAUUCAACUGGUGCUAAGCAAUCCAGAAAAGACUCCUCUUCACACUUUCUUUUGCAACUAUGAUUUGAGUGACAUGCCAGUCGGUACCAAAACAUUCAUGCGCCAGAAAGUCACCCUUGAAUCUUCCACUUCUCCUCAGUUGAAACAGAGAUCAAUGGGUAUAAACAGUGGAAUGCAAAAGAAUCAUGACAUCUCAUGUGGUGGGGAAGUGAUACAUACAGAUGCAGCUAAUGUUGUAAAUAACACAAAAUCUACAAAUCAAGGAAAUGGCAAGGGCUCUAGCUUGUUGAAUUUAAUAAACAAAGAGGAUUCUUCUAAGCAAUCUUUGAACAUGAAAAAUCUUGGAGUCCCUUUCCCAGCAAAGACUGAUUAUGAAUGUAUUACUGAUAAAUGUGAGAGGAAUGAAAGAAAGGAGUGUUGGGAUAAAACAUGUGAUGAAUCAGGGAAAUCACUAAACUCCUGUUCAAAGGUGAAGGACAAUUCUAGUAGUGGUGGUCCACUUCGAUAUGCCCUUCACCUGCGCUUUGUUUGCCCUUUUCCUAAGAAGACCAGUAGAUCAGCUCAAAAAUGCAAAUAUAAUUCUCUUCAAGAAAAAUCUGGAUUGGACAUGGAAGGGGAGCGAAGAUUCUACUUAUGUAAUGAUUUGCGGGUCGUGUUCCCUCAACGUCAUUCUGAUGCUGAUGAGGGCAAGUUGAACGUGGAAUACCAUUUCCCUGAAGAUCCAAGAUACUUUGACAUCAACUGAAAAUUCUAGUUUACCUCCAAAAAGCAUGCUGCUUUUGCUGACCCUCUUGUAUAUAAUCACAAGCUUGUCUUCACUUGAGUCAUGUCCUCUGGAAAAAUAGCACUAACCCUUCUCAUGUAAAUUCUUGAACAAUUUCAAUAAUUUAAUGGGUUAACUAUUUCAAAUUGCUGACCUAAUUAAGCAAUUACUAUGAAAAGUGGAUAUUAUAAUGCAUGGUGGAACUUGAUUA